CCUAUUUGACUAAAAUGAAGUUUAUGGAGAACCUGUUUCGACUAUUGUUGCUCCUGUUACUGAUCCUGGUAGCGUAUUUUGUGUACAGAAUGCAACAGAAACCAGAGGCUGUCACACAGAAUACUCCAUUGCCUCAAGAAAAUCAAACAAUCAUCUUAUUCUGGACCUUAUUAUUUGCUCAUUCUUGGCCUUUUGAAGGCAUCCGCCAUUGUGGGACUUAUGCAUGCUAUUUCACUGAAAACAAAGACUAUUAUUAUAAAAGCAGUGCUGUAGUUUUUCAUUCUAGUGGAGCACAUUUUCUCAGUGACUUCCUCGAAGUCUUUUCCCUCGAACGAAACCAAAGUCAAAUGUGGGUGUACAUGAAUGGGGAGAGUCCAGUUAGAAGUCCAAUUCAUUAUUUCUUAAAACGUCCUCUCUUCAACUGGACUAUGACUUACAGGCUCGACUCUGACAUUAAAGGUACUUAUGCUCUUGUUUUCCCAGGACAGUUUAAGAGUGGCUUUGAUCAUCAAAGAAAUUACCUUAAAGGAAAGACAAUUGAAGUCAGUGCACUGAUCAGCCAUUGUGUGUAUGAUAGAUUGAAAGCAGUGAGGAGUCUAAUGAAAUACAUUGAUGUUAACCUAAUGGGAACUUGUAAUGGCAAGUGGCUAUCUGUUACUGAGAGUCAUUCACAGAUCAAGCACUCAAAAUUUUUUUUGGCAUUCGAGAACUCAUUAUGUGUAGACUAUAUCACUGAGAAAACUUAUAGGAAUGCAUAUACAAAUGAAGCUGUUCCAGUCAUACUAUCAGGAGCUAAUCUGUCUAAUCCACUAAUAGUACCACCGGGAUCAUACAUUGAUGCAAGCAAAUUUAAAACUGCUAAAGAACUGGCCGAUUAUUUAAAGUAUGUCGGAGAGAGUAAAGAGAGAUACAAUAAGUUUUUUGAAUGGAGAAACAAAUGGAAUAUUGAUACAGACAGUUGGAAUACAAGAUGGUGUCAUCUUUGUGAAAAAAUACAUAAAAAUUCUAAAUUAGAUUCACAACAAUAUUAUACAGAUUUAAGUGGACUGUAUGAUAGAAAAAGAGAAUGUAAACCAUAUAUUAAAUGGAAUGACUAAAUAAUAACAAUCAUUACAGCUAACUUUGUUUUAACUUUUUGUUCAUUGACCAACAACAACACUUACAGCAA